AUGAUUCGAGCAGAUCGUGCUUUAUCCUUGACUCGUGUAGUCCGUGGAGUUAGCAAUCGCAGUUCUUCUACUCUGACAGGCGAUGACUAUCAAUUCCUCCAGAGAAGUGAAAUUCCCUCAUAUCAUUUCCAAAAAAGUCUUCGAAGACUACCAAUACCUAAGCUCGAAGAUUCAGUAAACAGGUAUUUGGCCAGUGCGAAGCCUGUUCUUUCUGAGAGUGAUUAUGCCGGUACAGAGAAAGCAAUAAGAGACUUUGAGAAAACUGAUGGACCAGAACUGCAGAAAGCUUUGCUGGAUUAUGAUAAAGCGCAUAAAACCACGAGCUACAUAUCCGAUCCUUGGUUUGAUAUGUAUUUGAGCGCACGAGUACCAUGUCCCGUGAACUUCAAUCCUUUUAUGAUGUAUGCUCCUGAUCACGAUGCUCGUUUUAAUCAUCAGCUAAGCCGUGCAACAAAUUUCGCGAUAUCGUACGCUCGUUUCAAGAAGUCCUUGGAUGCUAAUAUUUUGGGACCCGAGGUGUUCCAUAUGAAUCCUAAGAAGAGUGAUACCCCAUUUUUCCGAAAAGUUUGCAAGACUUUACCACCUAGUCUAUCAUGGUUCGGAGCAGUGGCAUUUAAAGCAUUUCCAUUGGAUAUGAGCCAGUAUGGCUCCCUAUUCAAUGGCAACCGUAUCCCAACAAAAGGAAAAGAUGUUCUUUACACAGAUUCCAGUGCUAAACACUUCCUCGCUAUUCACAAAGGACGUCUGUUUUCAGUUCGUAUUUUCGAUGACAAAGGAAACAUCCUUCCUCCAUCUGAUAUCCAUUCAUCUCUCGCUCAUAUCCUAAAUACUGCAACUGAUCAACAACCCCAAGAUUGUGUUGGUUCUCUGACCACCAUGGAAAGAAACCAAUGGGCUUCAACUAGAUUAGAGUUAGAAAAUGCCGGUAAUCAUGAACAACUCCGUGCUGUUGAUGGAGCUCUGUUUGCUCUGUGCUUAGACGAUUUGAAAACUGAAGAACACAAAAGACUUGUUAAAUCUCUAUUAAUCGGAGACGAAGGAAAAAAUCGUUGGUUCGACAAAUGUUUCCAGCUAAUCGUAGAUGGCAAUGGGCAAGCUACAAUUAAUUUUGAGCAUUCUUGGGGAGAUGGUGUUGCUGUUCUCCGUUUGAUGGAAGAAUCUUUCAAAGACACGUGCAAACACCAUUUUGUUUCUCCUGAUGAUGCUCCCUCGGCUGUGAACCCUGGAAAUGUGCAUGAGAUCAACUUCAAGUUGACCGAUUCGAUCCGUAAUACGAUAAGUUCGGCUCAAACAACUCAUGUGAAAGCCAAUGAAGGUCUUGAUUUUGCUACGAUGGAAUAUCCUGGAAUGAAUAGAGAUACGAUCAAGAAAACCAAACUCUCUCCUGAUUCGGUAAUGCAAUUGGCUAUUCAGAUGGCCUUCUACUCACUUUACAAGGAGUUUGUUCCCACUUAUGAGUCAUGUUCUACUGCUGCUUUCCUCAAGGGUAGAACCGAAUGCAUGAGAUCUGCUACAUCUGCUACUCGUGAAGCAACCUUAGCUAUUUUGGAACAGGGAAAAACUGAUGUCAGAGAACUUUUAAAGAAGUGUUCGAAUGACCACAGUCAACUAGUUAAGGAAGCUUCUAUGGGACAAGGUUUCGAUCGCCACUUACUUGGUCUUAAGAUCAGUGCUCAACGUUUAGGAAAAGAUCUUCCAGCAUUCUACAACGAUGCUGGAUAUAAUAGAAUGGGUCAUUUCGUCCUUUCAACCAGCACUCUCUCUACUGAAACUAUUGUUUUCGGAGGAUUCGGUCCGGUUGUAGGAGAUGGUUUCGGCGUCGGCUAUAAUGUAGUUGCUUCCAAAUUAGGAGCUGUGAUUUCAAGCCAUAAAUCACAAAAAGACGCUGCUCAGUUCUCCGACGCUUUGUACAAGAACCUAGAUAUACUUAAGAAACUUCUACAAUAA